AAUAUCUGAAAAGCUGCAACCCUCUCUCUUUCUCUCUCUACCUCUCCAGCUCCAGAGGAGUACCACUGCAUGACAUUUCUAUUCACCUCUCUGUCUCUCUCUCUCUCUCUCCUUGUGCUAGCACAGUGUUUAACUUCAGUUCAGUUCGCUUGCCCCUGGAGAAACAAAAUCUGAUGAUCUCCUCCUCCAAAUACCAGUCUCCCAAAAAUCACAAUAUUAAUUUACAAGCAGCAGUUUCUCAGGAUCUCUAAUUUUCACCGUUCUCCAAUCUUGAUCAGGAACUCCAAAAAAAACCCUAAAAGAGGUCUCACUUCCCAUGGAAUUUCUCACACCACAACCCAACCACAGCUCCACAAACACCGUGACCACCACCGCGACUCCGCCUUCGGCUCCCACGAGCCGGUACGAGAACCAGAAGCGGCGUGACUGGAACACCUUCUGCCAGUACCUACGCAACCACCGCCCCCCGCUCUCCCCUUCCCUCUGCGGCGGCCCCCACGUGCUCGAGUUCCUCCGCUACCUCGACCAAUUCGGAAAGACCAAAGUCCACCACCAAACGUGCCCUUAUUUUGGCAUGCCUAACCCACCUUCGCCGUGCCCUUGCCCUCUCCGGCAGGCCUGGGGCAGCCUCGAUGCGCUCAUCGGCCGCCUCAGGGCCGCCUACGAGGAGCACGGGGGGAAGCCCGAGACAAACCCUUUCGGAGCGAGGACGAUUAGGGUUUUCCUGAGGGAGGUCCGCGAUUUCCAGGCGAAGUCGAGGGGGAUUAGCUAUGAGAAGAAGAGGAAGAGGCCCAAGCAGAAGGUACUACCGUUGCAACCUCAUGUCUAGUUAAGGCUGUGUGUUUGGAUCGUGAAUUUUCAGAAGGAAUCUCGAUUGGCGAGGGCCGAAAUCAAAACCCUUUUGGAUGGUGAGAAAUGAUGUAAAGAAUGAGAAUCAUUCUCACUCGUUUUGGAUGAACAAAAAAAGAGGUGAUGAUGAUGAUGAUUAGUGAGGAAGCUGCAUUAGUGUUUUAGUAAUUUCCUUACAAUGGUUCUUUCCCUUGGAAAAUCCUUCUACAAAUUCGAGAUCCAAACACAGUCUAUAGUAUACUGCUAUGGCAUGGAAGCUAUAUAAUUAGUUUAUAUUUAUGGUAUCUGGGUAUGUUGAAGUGGUUUUUCAAAACCAUGUUUGGAUAUAUAUAUAUAUGUGUGGGUAAUCUUCCAUUUUGCUUUUACUGGAAAUAGUAGGGUUUGGGGUUACUAAGAAUGGAAAUGGCAGGAAUUUCCAGUAAAUUGUAGUAGCAGAUAUAGUUGUAAACUAUUGAUAAUCAUUUUGGCUUUGCAGAUACGUUACUAAAAGCUACAUUUAC